AUGCAAUUGGUGUCUGGCUUCUCCGCCUCUCGAGUUCUGUACACCUUCACCAAGCUGGGCGUGGUGGACAUCAUUGCCUCCGCCGAUCACUCACUGUCGGCCGAGGAGAUAGCCCAGAAGGUUGGUCCCGACUACCAGCCCCAGCCCUUCUUCCGCAUGCUCCGCUUUGCGGCCAGUCUCGGCCUGCUCGAGAUGUACGACGGCCCUCUCGACAACGUGGAAUACCACAAGACGUGCAAGUUUGACCUCAACGAAACGAGCCAGCUCUUGCGAGAGGGAACCCCCAUGCGCAACAUGGUGCUCUACAGAGGAAGCGACGCCCUCUACGCGCUGUGGGGCGGCUUCGGAGGCUCGCUCAAGGACGGCAAAUCCGCCUCGGCCGCUACGUUGGGGGUAGAGAACUUUUGGGAUUACCUGCAGCAGGACGAGGAAGCCAACACUUGCUUCAACUUGGCCAUGAGCGCCCACACGUCCCGCCAAACAUCCCAGGUGUUGAGCAACUACGACUUCACCAAGGUCGCCUCCGUCGCCGACAUAGGAGGCGGUCUGGGCAGCCAGCUGUUCUCCAUCCUGAAGGCGUUCCCUCAUAUCACGAAGGGCCACCUCUUCGAGAUUCCCAGCGUGAUCGAGAAGGUCGUGGUGCCCGAUGACCUCAAGGACAGAGUGGAACUGCACGCAGGCAGCUUCCUGGCUGCUGAGGCGGAGACCAACAUCCCGACCGGGGUCGACCUCUACCUGCUGAAGUCGAUCAUUCACGAUUGGGCCGACGAUGAGGCCACCCGCAGGUCCAUGGGCCACCAGAGCAAGAUGCUGGUCAUCGAGUGCGUGGUCCCGCCAGGCAAUGAACCCUCCUUGUCCAAAGCUCUCGACCUCCGCCACGGACUUGGAACAGACAUGAUGGUGGUUCUCGGAGCCAAAGAGCGCACGGAGGAAGAGCACCGGCAGCUGCUGCAGUCAGCCGGGCUGGAGCUGACGCAAGUGCUCGCCCCGCAACAGCAGCUCAACCUGAUCGAGGCUCGUCCUGCCGUUGCUGCUGCCCAAACCAACGCCUAA